AUGGCUCGUCGUCUCUACCUCGGCAGACUUCCCCCUGAUGCGCGCUCUGAAGACGUGUCCAAGUUUUUCGAUGGGUAUGGUCGCAUUGUGGACUGUCGUGUCAUGACCGGCUUUGGCUUCGUCGAGUUCGAAAGUUCCCGCGAUGCAGACGACGCUGUCCGCGACUUCAACGGGAAAGCCUUUAUGGGAGCCAAUAUUGUUGUUGAAUUUGCAAAGGAAAGUCGCCCUCGCAGGGAAGUGUUCGAACCCGAACGCGCCCCUCGUGCAAGACGCCCUCCUGGAUUCCGCCUCGUUGUUUCAGGCAUAUCUCGUGACACAAGCUGGCAGGAUUUGAAAGAUUUCGGUCGCGAAGCUGGCAGCGUCUCUUACGCAGACAUCGAUCGCGAUGCUGCUGGAGAAGGUAUCCUAGAGUACCUUUCUCGUGAUGAUGCCGAGCGCGCUGUGAAAGAACUCGAUGGUAAAGAUCUCCGUGGUCAGCCUGUUCGCGUCGCCCUAGAUCUUGAGCGGAGUGGUCCGGACAACUAUCGUCGGGACACACGUCGUGAUGAUCGUGGUGGUCGAGAUGAACGUUACGGGCGUGACGAUCGUCAUACUAGAGAUGACCGUUAUGCUCGGGAUGAUCGUUACACCAGGGAUGACAGACAUGUUAGGGACGACCGCUUUGGAAGAGAUGAUCGCGCUCCAAGAGACGAUCGUCGGGAGGACCGUGCCCCAUACCGUCGGGAUCGGUCUCGGUCCCCUCCUCGGCGCAGCGACUUUGACGAUCGUCGGGCCCCCAGGUCUCCCCCUCCGAGGAGGGAUGUUGAUGAAAAAAGGCCUGCAGGGUACGAUGAUCGGCGGAGCAGCUAUGAUGACCGUCGAGGCCCUGACCCUUAUUAUUAUGAUCGUCGUAGGGAUGACAGAAGACGCGACGAGAAGGAGGAACGAUUCGACGACAGGGCUCCUAGACAUGCCAAUGCGAACGGUGAUAGUGGAUGGGCGCGAUGA